AUGACUAUCACGAACAGUUCGCAGGCGCCGAUUGCAAUUGUAGGCAUGUCCUGUCGCCUUCCAGGCCAGGUUCGUACGCUUGAUGACUUCUGGACUCUCAUAUCUCGCGGUAGGGAUGCUUGGGGCCCUAUCCCUUCUGAUCGCAUGUCCAGUGCGGCCUACUACCACCCAGAUCCCCAGCGAAAGGGCUGUUUCAACCCCAAAGGGGGUUAUUACCUUCAGGAGGAUUUCUCUCAGUUUGACGCUCCGUUCUUCCACAUAACGCAACAAGAAGCCAUUGCCAUGGAUCCCCAACAGCGACUACUACUCGAAUGUGCCUAUGAAGCCCUGGAAAACGCCGGUUUUCCCCAACAAGCCACGGCAGGCUCGCGCAUGGGGGUCUUCACGAGCCUUUGUUCAUCAGACUACCGUCGUGGUGCUUUUCGCGACCUGGACUCCGUUCCCAUUUUUGACGCCACGGGGAAUCAGGAAUCUAUCCAAGCGGGUCGCCUUUCCCAUUUCUUCAACCUCCGUGGCCCAUGUAUGGCGAUCGAUACGGCCUGUUCGUCCAGUCUCUAUGCCCUGCAUCUGGCGGUGCAGAGUAUUCGUUCUGGCGAUGCGGAUUCAGCCCUGGUUGGUGGAGCUAGACUGCGUUUGCAGCCAGAUGAGAUGGUUUCAAUGUCGAUGAUGGGUUUAUACAACGAGCAAGGAAAAACCUUUGCAUUUGAUGAUCGUGCCGUUUCGGGCUUUGCCUGCGGUGAGGGAGUGGGCUGUCUUGUCCUCAAGCCAUUAGACCAGGCCCUGGAAGACAACGAUCCGAUCUAUUCAGUUAUUAGGAACACAGGGGCAAAUCAUGAUGGUCGAACUGUCGGCAUGACGAACCCCAACGGAGACGCUCAAGAAGAACUCAUGCGAGAAGUCUACGCCCGCGCCGACCUCUCCCCGAUUGAUACCGGAUUCGUUGAGGCGCACGGCACCGGAACCAAGGUUGGCGAUCCCAUCGAAGUCGGCGCCAUCCAUCGGGUGUUUGGAGAUGGCCGGACCAAGCGGGCACCGCUAUACCUAGGCUCCGUCAAAUCCAACUUCGGACAUCUCGAGUGCGCCAGCGGUAUUGCGUCCGUGAUCAAAGCGUCUCUGAUGCUCCACCGUGGCUUCGUUCUUCCCAAUGCCAACUUUGAGCGCGCCAAUCCCGCCAUCCCUCUUGACCAAUGGAAUAUCAAGGUGCCGACCAAUCUGCGCCCCUGGCCCCAGGGCAAGAAGUACAUCAGUAUCAACAACUUCAGCUUCGGUGGCUCCAACUGCCACGUCGUACUGGAACGGCCUCCCCGUUCGCGCGGCCAGCCUCCCAACCCCCAACACGAUGCGCCCCAGCUCUUUGUACUCAGCGGCUAUGAUGACGAGGCUGCGAAACGCAUUGCCAGGAACCUCACGUUCUACUUGGAACAACAUCCCGGUGUCUUCGAACGGCGCCUGGUGCACGAUAUCGCAUAUACACUUGGCGAGCGACGCUCUCACUUUCCCUGGCGCGUUGCUGUCACCGCUUCAUCUACCGCGGAACUUGUCGAGACCCUGAAUGGGCCAGCGAGUGUCCCUCAGCGCGCCCGGCUGGAGGCUGGCUCUGCACCUGUUAUUGCCUUUGCGUACACUGGACAGGGCGCACAAUGGCCCCGCAUGGGAUUGGAACUUAGCGACACCCACCCUAUUUUUGCUGCCACCAUGGAGGAAGCAGCACGCGCACUGGAGGAUCUGCGAGCGGAUUUCUCCCUGUUCGAAGAGCUGAAGCGUGAGGCAGCUGACUCUCGCGUCAGUCAGCCCCAGAUCUCUCAAGUAGUUUGCACUGCCGUGCAGCUUGCCCUGACGGAUCUUUUGGCUUCCUGGGGCGUACAACCGCAAAUGGUUGUCGGCCACUCCAGCGGAGAGAUUGGGGCGGCCUAUGCGGUGGGUGCUAUUUCCGUGAGCGAGGCCAUUGCCCUGGCAUAUCAUCGGGGUCGACUCGCUGCCCAGGUUCGAAUCCGAUUCCCAACGUUGAAUGGUUGCAUGAUGGCCGUCGGAGAGAGUGCCGAUGAGGUGCGCAAAACCAUCAAGCAACUUCAGCUAGGAGAGGACAUCACUGUCGCUUGUGAGAAUUCACCUCGGUCCACCACGGCGUCUGGAGAUGCCACUGCCAUGGACCUUCUCGCAAAGGAGCUGGAAGCGCGACAGAUCUUUCAUCGGAAGCUUAUGGUCGACGUUGCCUAUCACUCUCCCCACAUGCAGCUGAUCGCCGAUGAGUAUACCAGCGCCAUCCAGCAGGUCGCACCAUCCACUAAGAGGGAGAAUGUCCAGUACUACUCCUCGCUGUUAGGUGAAAAGAUCGAGCAACCCGGGGCUCUGGGAGCAUCGUAUUGGGUUGAUAACCUGACGCACCCGGUCCGAUUCUCUACCGCGCUGGGCCAGCUGUGCGCUGAGUCCAGACCCGAUAUCAUCAUUGAGAUCGGUCCGCAUUCCGCGUUGCAGGGCCCGAUCAAGCAGAUACUGCAGGGCAUCCAGAAUACGCACACUCAAUACUUUGCCUCCCUUGUCCGCAAGGAGCACGCCACUAAGGCUGCUCUACAGCUUCGCGGGCCGUCAGUCCCAACAGUGUUGCCGUCCCUGACGCCGUAUCCCUGGUCUCAUCGCUCCUACUGGCAUGAGAGCCGCAUCGCCGUCAACCACCGACUGCCACGCUUCCCUCGUCACGACCUGCUUGGACGAUUGGAAGCCUCUACCCGCGAGGAUGAACAGCCCGUCUGGCGCAAUUCCGUGUCUCUGGACAGCGUGCCAUGGCUCCGCGGUCAUCGUAUGCAAUCCAUGACCACCUUCCCAAUGGCCGGCUACAUCAGCAUGGCCGUCGAGGCGGCAUCUCAACGGGCUCAGCUCAGAGGCCUCUCCCCGUCCCAGAUUGCCGGGUACCGGCUCCGUGAGUUCCAUGCUUCCUCGGCGUUCACCCUGGAGGAGAACGUCGAGUACGAAACCUGGCUCUCUCUGAGCUCGUUCACGGAGGGCACCCGCUCCUACUCCAGCGAAUGGGACGAAUUUCGUAUUGCCUCGUGGGCGGCCGGUCGGGGUUGGCGUGAGCAUUGCCGUGGUCUCGUGGGCAUCCGGCGCCAGGAGUCGUCCACUACUAACCCUGUUAGUCAACGCCGGCCGUUUCAUGCUAGCCUGGAGCGGCGUGAGGAAGCUAAACAGGGUGACCACCGUCCUGUAUCACUAAAGACUUUCUACUCAGACCUAGAGGGCCGCGGAGCCGGAUACAGCGACGCGUUCACGCUCGAUUCAGACAGCGGGGUGACCGUUGGAAGAGCAGGCGUCGGGAACAGCUGGUAUGCGCGCGGAAAGGUUACAGUUCCCAACACCGCGCAAAGCAUGCCCUCAGGCCAUGAGACCCCGUUUAUUGUGUCUCCUGCGUUCCUGGAUCUAUUUUUCCAGUUGUCCUUCCCCGUUUUGCGGGCGGACUCUGCCAACAUUCCGUGCCUCUUCAUGCCGACUUCUAUCCGGGAGAUCAAUAUCGCAGCCAAUUUCCCAUCGCAACCGGGAGAAACGGCGGAGGCCCUAGUCAAUGGACUGCCGGCAGAUUCCUCCCGUCCUCGGCCAUUGGACUAUACCCUUGAUGCAUGGUCUCCGUCUGCGUCCACAGAGCAACCCGUCCUCACUAUCCAAGGGUUCCGAAUGACCCCUGUCAAUAGCGAUAUGCUGAUUGACACCACCCCGUAUCCGUGGUGCUACACUGUACAGUGGGAGCCACUGCCUUCUGCAGGUGAAGCAAAUGGCACGGCCCAAAGUGUCCCAGAGAGUAAUGGACAUGGCGAGACGAAUGGCAAUGGCAUUGUGCAUGCGAACGGCAAUGGUGUUGUGCAUGGCAAUGGCAAUCACAAUGCAUCUAAUGGAAGCUGCCAUGUGUCAUCAGAAGACGAGUCAACCGUCAUCAUCAUCACUGAGAGGCCCAGCUCUGAUCCACUUAUCGCCACUCUCCUGACAGCUAUUGAUGCCUUCACGGGGUACAGAACCACGGUCGCCCCCCUCUCUCGCGUCCAGAUCUCGUCCAAGGAUCGAUACAUCUGCCUGGCUGAGCUCGAUACUCCACUUCUGCAGUCACUGACCCCGGAAUCCUUCAAACAUGUCCAAGAGCUCCUCGUCACGUGCUCCUACUGCCUCUGGGUUACCUCCGGCGCAUACAUGGCUGUCGAUCAUCCCGAGCUAAACAUUGUUCAAGGUCUGCUGCGUUCUGUGCGUUCAGAAACCGGAAACUCAGCUGUCAGCCUUGACCUGGAUCCUAGUUCUCGCCAAGACAUCGCAGGUCGGGCUCAUCUAAUCCUUGAUGCCUUCAAAGCGUCCACCAACGCUGUCCAGACAGCCGCCGAUGACGAGGAGGAAGCGCCUCUAUCCGAUUAUGAGUUCACCGAAGUCGGUGGACGCCUGAUGGUCCCUCGCCUAGUAGAGCAUUCAGAAUUGAACAAUACCGUGUUUCAAGAGACACACCCAUCUCUUCCGUACAUUCAGGACUUCGAACAAGGAACGGAUCGCCGACUCAAGAUUGCCGUCGGCACCCUGGGCGCCCUGGACUCACUCUACUGGACCGAUGAUCCGGCCCAGCCGCUCGGCGCCGACGAGAUCGAGAUCAAGGUGGCCUGCACAGGCGCCAACUUCAAGGAUGUGGUAAUUGCCAUGGGCCAGGUCGCCAGUCCUUACUUGGGCAUCGAGUGCAGUGGCACGGUGGCGCGCGUCGGAGCCAAGGUCAGUUCCCUCAAGCCCGGAGACCGCGUAUGCGCCAUGUCCCACGGCGCGUAUAGCACCUACGCGCGGUGUCCGGCAACCAGCGCGGCUGUGAUCCCAGACUCAAUGGACUUUGAGACGGCAGCUUCCAUCCUCGUUACCUACAGCACGGCUUACUAUGGACUUGUCGAGUUGGCUCACAUGGAAGAUGGGGAAAGUGUCCUCAUCCACGCCGCGGCGGGAGGCGUCGGUCAAGCCGCCAUUCAGCUGGCUCAGCUAAUGGGAGCCGAGAUCUACGCCACGGUUGGUAGUGAGGAGAAGAAGCAGAUGCUGAUCGAUCGAUACUGUAUCCCGGCGAGUCGCAUUUUCUAUAGUCGCAACACCGAGUUUGGCCCUUGUGUCCGCGAAGCCACGGGCGGACGCGGCGUGGACGUGGUUCUGAACUCACUGGCGGGCGAUUUCCUGCGCGAGACGUGGGAUUGUCUGGCUCCGUUUGGACGGUUCAUUGAGAUUGGAAAACGGGAUAUUACUUCCAAUACUCGGCUGGAGAUGGGCAAGUUCGAGUACAACUGCACGUUUUCCUCCUUGGACUUGACGCUUGUUGCGGACCAGAAGGGCAAGGUCCUCAACCGUGUAUUUACCGCUGUCAUGAGGAUGUUCGCACAGGGAAGACUGACCCCGGUAUAUCCAGUGACGACGGUAGGUAUCGCGGAGGUGGAAUCGGUGCUGCGCAAGUUGCAGAGUGGCAAGACGACGGGCAAGGUCGUAGUGGAUCAUCGGAUUAAUGGGAAGAUCAAGGCCACACAUCCCCUACCGUCGAGUGAUCUACUUUCACCGGAUGCUACGUACAUUGUUGUCGGUGGCACCGGCGGUAUUGGCCAAUCGAUCACUCGCAGAAUGGUUCAGCGCGGUGCUAGGCAUAUUGUCCUGCUCUCUCGCAGUGGCGCCGUCACGGAAGCCGCCCAGAAAAUCAUCAGCGACGGCCAAGCCGUGAAUGCAUCGAUCCAGAUCAAAAAAUGCGAUGUGUCCGAAGUUUCUCAGGUCAAGUCACUGAUUGCAGAACUACAGAAAGAGCUACCACCAGUCCGGGGUGUUAUUCACGCGGCCAUGGUCCUCAAGGACGUUUUCCUGGAGCAAAUGACAUUCCCAGACUGGGAAGCCGUCCUCCGUCCCAAGGUCGCGGCAGCCUGGAACCUCCACUACGCGCUUCUCCACCAACCACUGGACUUCUUCGUCAUGCUUUCCUCCGUGUCUGGCAUCGUCGGCAGUCGCGGCCAAGCCGCCUACGCAGCGGGAAACUGCUUCCUGGAUGCAUUGGCACGCUACCGCCGCCAAAAGGGCCUAUCCGCCGUAUCCAUUGACUUGACGGCAGUAGGCGACAUCGGGGUAUUCUCGGAAGCAGCAGACAAGAAAAAGGCAGAAGUGCUGAGGAACCUGGCGAUGAGCAACACAAUGCGAGAAGUUGAAGUACUAGCUCUGAUCGAGCUCGCGAUGAAGGGCCAGCAAGUCCCAGAACAGUGCAUCACCGGUGUGCAUUGGCCUUCCUCCGCCGCAACUCCGUACUAUGCUUCUGAUGCCCGCUUCACCCAUCUUGUCGAGACCGCGAAGCAGGAGGAAGGCGCUGAUGCCACGGCCCAUGCCGGAGCAACUAAAUCUCUCUCUAUCACCCAGCAAGUCCGCCGCGCCGCGAACUUGCAGGAAGCCCUCGAUGUUACGGCGGUCGGUCUACGUGAUAAGUUGGGUGACAUUCUCAUGCUUCCCCGAGAAGUGGUGGAAGCGCAUACGCAGUCGACUCCCAUUGCGUCGUUUGGGCUGGAUUCAUUGAAUGCAAUUGAGCUGAGGAAUUGGAUUGGCAAGGAGCUGAAGGGGCAUUUGCAGCAUUUAGAGGUGUCUGGCUAUUGUACUAAAUGUUUGGGAAAAAACACUACCUCAGGCCGGACUACACAUCGGGUAACAAGUUCUAAUAUCAACCGUCUGAACUGUGAGUGCUACCCACCGUGGCCCAAGUUUAAUGGCAUCCAGGCUGCCCCCAGACAUUCGCUUCCAUGUAUUUUGAGUCUGGAGAUAAAUUGCGAGACGGAUUUAUUGUAUGCCGAAUAA